CGUUAGCGCCAUGGUCAGCGGCAGGAUGUUGCUCCUCAGCGCCUCCUGCUGGCUGCUGGUAGUUGUGGGGAGCUGUGAGGAGCUGAUAGAGGAGCGAUCACCUGAGGACGACGCCAUCAAGACGCAGGAGGAGAAAGAGCUGAUCGAAGCUCUGCAGGAAGUCCUGGAGAAGUUAAAGAGCAAACAGCUGCCGUCGUCAGAGAAGAAACUCGGCUGGCUUCCCUCAUGUGAUGCAGGUGAGCAGUGUGCGGUGCGUAAAGGGUCGAGGAUCGGGAAGUUGUGUGGAUGUCCCAGAGGAACCGUCUGUAACUUCUCCGUCCUCAAAUGUCUGUAGAGCUCAAACACAAACUUCUACUGAAUAAAGGCAGGUUUUUAAAAACUCUACUCGUCUUUGUCGUUUGUUCUUCUACUGGUCAAACACAAACACUGCUUCUAUUUAUCAGUCCACUACCUGAACUGACAGAACACCCAGGGGUGUAUAUUACCCAUGAUCCUCUCCUCCUGGUUCAGGACGUGCUGUAACAAACACACACUGUUUCUAGCUCUUGAUAUUUUCCGUCAGGUCAGAGAUGAAUUCUGGUUUUUAACUGGUGUGACUCUGAACCUGCUGGAGCUCAGACUUUGAGGUUAAAUAGUUAAAGCUGGUUUAAACGGGAGCUGAGUAAAUGUUCUCAUGUUGACGCCUCUCGUCAUUCGGCUGCAGUUCAACUCUGACCUUUGACCUUUGGUUGAUCAGGCUCAAAGAAAAACACUGACAUCUUACAAACUCCUCAGGUUUAUUAAUAUCAUCAACAUAAUCACCUGUCCCCUGAGGCCACCCCCCCCACCCCCC